GCGGUCCGUCUGCAGACUCAACCCUGAUGUAAGUCCACCAUUAGUCUCGGCCCGGUGGGAAAGAUUGGUUUGACAUUAUGAAAAUCCAUCUGUUGAUGUUCGACGGACGUAUUUAAAUAGGGAUGCAGUCGGUCACAGUGGAGCAGGACUAUGGUGACCCAUCAGGUUCAGUGGUGCAGGUGUGUUUUCCCAGCGUGCAGACAUCGGUUUUGGACAGCUUGAAUCGUCAGCGUGAGGAGGGUCAUCUCUGUGACCUCUCCAUCCAUGUGCAGGGUCAGGUGUUUAAAGCCCACAGAUGUGUACUGGCUGCAUCAUCACCUUACUUCCAUGAUCAGGUGCUGCUGAAGAACAUGUCCACUGUCUCCAUCCCAGCCGCGAUGGACCCGCUAGCGUUCGAAAGCGUCCUAAGUUGUGCUUACACUGGACAGCUGCGUAUGCUUCGUGAUGACAUCGUGAACUACCUCACCGUCGGCAGCGUGCUUCAGAUGUGGCACAUCGUGGACAAAUGCACCGAACUUCUCAGAGAAGCGAGAGGAGGUUCAAGCGGUCCUCAGGGAACGGGAGAAAAAACCAACGCCGGGCUCAGCGGCUGUUCAAACAAGGUUUCCCAGGCAGAAAGAGAAGAUACGCUUUCUUCUCCUCAUCCUCCAAACCGACCAUCAUUCAGCGAGAGCCAGUCUCCCAGCAGCACCAAUUACUUCAGUCCUAGAGAGGCAAACUUCGGAGGGGGCACGGUGACCACCGGGGCAGUUGGAGAGAGCGUGGUCCACUCCACUCCCACCUACUGCACUCCCUCCGGUGGGGAGGAGGGUUUUCUGAUGGAAGAAGAGGAAGACGAUGAGCUUUUGUUUUCCAGGAAUAGAGAACGGGAAGGUGGGAAGCGCAAGAAUUCAACCUCCGUCUCGGAUCAAGAGGUCGGGGUGAGCGACAGUUUUGGAGUUUCCUCUUAUCAGGGUGGAGAUGCUACACCGCCACAGAGGCGCCCGUCGUAUAGUCAGCCGAGCAUCAUGCCAAGAAAACAGUGGGUGGUGGUGAAGACGGAGAACUCGAGAGAUGAUGACCUCAUUGUGGUGUCAGGAGAGGAAGGAGGUGAGGAUGAAGAGGAACGAGAGAUGGAGAUGGUCAGAGAGAGAGACAGGGCGUUUAAUAUAUCAAAUGUUAGGACGCUAUCGGGACUGAGGGAACAGGCUGAAAUGGAGGCACAGGGAGACUAUUGCCAGUCUUCAGAAGACUACCUCAAGUUUGACAGGGGUUUGUUGGACCAGACGUCCUCUCAUCAUCACCCUUCUGAGAAUCCCAGUCAAUGUACCAGCAGGGCCGUUUCUGCUCUGCUCAGUUCAGUCCAGUCCACUUCUGCCAGAGCUCAACUCUUUCCUCUGGAUAUGCAAGGAAACCAGAUUUUCCUGUACAAUCAGGCUGCCCUCGAAUCCACCUCUCCACUGGGUCACGCAGGAGGAAUACCUAUAAAAAGCAGUCUAGAACACGGAGCGGUCCCCUUACCCGGGCAAAGCACUUUGGGCAGCGGCAUCGAAGGACUGGACGGCGGAGGGGCCGGCGGUCCCGGCAAGGUCUUCAUGUGUCACUGCGGGAAAACGUUCACGCACAAAAGCAUGCGGGACCGGCACAUCAACAUGCACCUGGACCUGCGGCCCUUUCACUGCCCCGUCUGCUCCAAGAAGUUUAAGAUGAAGCAUCACCUCACGGAACACAUGAAGACCCACACGGGUCUGAAACCGUACGACUGUCACGCCUGCGGGAAGAAGUUCAUGUGGCGUGAUAGUUUUAUGAGGCACCGCUCGCACUGUGAGAGGCGCAGCUUGGGCGGCAACAGUGCUGACGGCUCGAUCAUCUCUCCGCCACAUCAUCUGAAGCUCCAGACCUCAGUCGGUGAGUCCAGUCAGAGCAGAAGCGUGGUCUCGGGUCAACAUACGAUUAGCAGCAGUGGGGUCUCGUGUCUCGGCAUGGCGGCGGCCGGGUCUUUCCUAGGAAUCGGUUCACAGAGUGGGGUGCACAGCCUUGGUUCUGUUGGUGGGGGGCGUGUGGAUGAAAUGUGUGAGGGGGAUGUCGAUGAAAGCAGUGUCACAUAAGCUAAGCCACGUUUCAUUCCAAGAUCACUGUUCCUCAAAACAAAAAGUGUUUUGUGAUCGGCUUUAAAGGGACCACGUGCACAAUUAUCUGAUUCUUUACCUCUUUGCGUGAAUGUGCCAUACAGUGUGUUUGGAAGUAAACCGAUUGCCAAGUGCCCAUUACUAGCUCACCUGUGUAUCAACGUCUUAAAGAGGAUCCAGAUCAGGCUGCUAUACUGACUGCCAGGACCAGGAAUACAAAAGGUCACCCCGUUGCAUACAAACAAUCUGCCUCACUAGCACAGAACAUGUGUUCACCGUUGCUCUGAAGUGCCAUUCUGUUCUGUACGAUUAUGUUGUGAAGUCAGUGUUCAUUACUGUAACUCAUUUGGUCUUGAUGUGGACUUUAAUGUACUUUUUAACAUGACUGUAUAUGGUAUAUUUCCAUUGAUUUGAUAGAUAGACGACACAAAUCCAGAUCACUUUGUUGUUUUCACUGCUUGUAAGGGAUAGUUCACACAAAAAUUAUGUAAUUAUUUAUUCACCCUGAUGUCAUUCCGAACCUGUGUGAUUCACUUUCUUCUAGAGAACACAAAACAAAGAUACUUUGAAGAUGUUGGUGACCAAACAAUAUUUGCUCCAUUGACUUCCAUGGUAUAGACACAAAACCACAGAGACAUUUCUCAAAAUAUCUUCUUUUGUAUUCCAGAGAUGAAAGAGUCAUACAGGUUUUAAAUGACAUGAAGCAUAAUAAAUGACAGAAUCUUUAUUUUUGGGCAAACUAUCUCAUUAAAGAACAGGAAAGUUUAGGAGUGAUAGUUGGAUGUAAAUGCUAGAUUAAAGAUUUUACAAUAUUAUACAUGUCCUUGAACCCAGGGUCAUAACUACCCUAAAUUACCAAUUUAAUUCCUUAAUUAUUAUUAUUUAUUAAUUCCUCCGAAAGCCAUGAAUAUGUGGUUUCAACCAUGCACAUUGCCUGAUGCUGUUAUCCAAAUCGAUCACUGUUCUUAUUUUAUCAUUUUGUGUAUACCCUAGGAUUCAAAACCACGCUUUAGUAGAGAAGCAUUUGUGACCCUUCCUGUCAAAACCAGUCAUUUUAGUGUUAUUUCGUCCUAUAUAUUCUAAAGUACAUUGUGUAAAAAUAUAAUCUUGAUAUCUAAUAUUGACUAAGAUAGAUAUUAAAAUCCUGUUGGAUCCGAUAGCCUUGUGGUUAGUGCUCCAACAUAUGGUGCUGCUGCGAGUUUGAGUCCCGGCUCGGGGUCCUGUCCCGAUCCCAGCACCUCACUCACCCACCCAUUUCGCAUUUUUCCUCUCUUUUUGAGUCAAACUUUGAUGCUUAUCUCAGAAUUACAGUUUUUAAACUUGAGCCUGGUUUUCACAGACACGGUCACAUUUGACGUAACUUCCAGUACCUCACAGUGUGCUUGGAGCCUUAGAAAAUAUAUCUUGGCAUAAUCAAACUUUAAACACCUGACUGUAGGAAGACACGUUUAGAUCCAAGCACCAAACUAUUCAGCUCCUGCUGGACUUUAGAUAGCCUACUGUACUAAUAGAGAUGCAAGAGUUUACCUUCCAUGAAGGCUGCCGAGACAUGAUUUGCAAUGUUUUUAAAAGCAAACGAAUGGACCUAAAACUAUGAAGUAUGUAAAUGCCAAAUGAGUGUGAACGUCUGGAACUGAGUGUACUAUGAGUUUCAUUUAGUCGAGAUAUAAGUGAUGUGGAUCUGUUCAGGACUCCUGAUUUAAAGGGAUAGUUCACCCCAAAAAAACUCAUUUAUUCCCCCUCAUAACUUCUGACCUGGCCUCGGUAUAUAAACCUUUCUUCUGUGAAACAAAAAAGAAGAUAUUUUGAGAAAUUUUGUGUCAGUAUGGAAGUCAAUUUAUGUUGUUUGGUUACCAACAUUUUCUACAUAUCAUCAAGUGUUCUGCAUUCAUGCAGGUUAGGAAUGAUAUUGUAGUUAAGUAUAUCAAUUCAUUUUUGGGUGAACUAUUUAUUGAACUGCUUUUGUGGUUGUCCUGAUAGGUGUCUGCAUCAAUGAACAGUUUUUUUGUCAUGGAUAAAUACGUUGCCCAGAACCAGAUACCUCAACUUUUAUGUAAAUAUUUACAAUAUACUGUAUACAAUGCGAUAAAUCUUUAUCUAAAGGUUGAGAAUCACAGAGACUUAUAUAGUUGUUGCUCAUCCACACAUUCCUGUUUCUUUCCUAUCAAACAUGUGUGCAGUUUAGUUUAGUAGGUAAAGAGAAUAAUGAAAUUGAUAGAUGAUUCAAAAUAAAACUGAGAAAUGAUCAUGAGUGGUACUGUAGGAAAAUAGAGUAAUGUGGUCAGACACAUCUGCAUUUUCUACUGAAAAAUAAAAGUGUUCCAUCUGCAGCCAUUGUUGUGAAUCUACUGUUGGUUAUUGAAUUACAGUUUUUGCUGUAUCAGAUAAAUCAGUUUUCUGAUGUAGACGGAAUACAUCAGUAUUUUCACAAGAUACUACAUUUAAAUGAAAUAAAGUAACUUAAGAUAUG